UGGCGGAUACUUCGCCAUGGAGCUAUUCACCGCAUUCAUACAUUCCUUUGCCAAUGUUGACUGGUGGCGACCAAGGGAUCACAUUCAGUCUUUGUGCUAGACGCACCAGACCCCCAUUCGCUCAAAGACACGCAUAUACAUCAGCAUCAGCAAUUCUUUGUGUGCAGCAUUGUGCAAGGGCCCUGUCGCGACCAAGUCAGUUUACAAAGGAAUAAAAUACGGUUUCAACCACUCCAGCCUGGUAUUUUGGAAGCGAUAUUCACUCAAACACGCAAACCUCUGCAGGGAGCACAUCUUCCAGAGUAAUUCUUAAUCGCCACUGCCAUUGCCAUUGCCCGACAAAACCCCGUCAUGUAUACCAUCGCCAUCACUUUAAUCGCCCUCUUAUCGAUACUCCACACAACCUCGGCGUCUUCAGUAUCGCGCCUCACUCGUCGCGGCCUCCCAGGAGCAUAUUACACAUGCACAGAUCCCAAUUUCUCGGGAGAAUGUAGCUGGACUCAGCCUAACACCGAUUGUCAUAUCCAGGGUAGCCCCGAAGGCAUCGAAUCGCUCGGGCCGGACGAAGGCACCCUUUGUACUCUAUGGCCAGGAUUUGACUGCAGUGGGAAUCCCAUCAUGUCCAUGCAAUUUCCCGGCAUCGCAACGGGGUUACCAACGUUUGGAAGUUUCAACUGUUCGGUCAUGGCCAGCGACCAGCGGAACCAAGCGGAAGCUGUGGCCAUGGUUGGGGGAGCCGCUUUGGACAAUGGAGAAAUUAGGGAAUUUGGGCUAAAGACUGUAGAUGGAAAAGGCAGAGAACAGGGGAUGAUUGGAUUGAAAAAGGGUGUUUAUUAUUGACGUGGCAGUGAUACUGUUGCUAUGAAUUCUAUAUGGGAUGGCUUUUUGGUGGAUGCACGGGCGCAUCUUUACGACAUUUAACUUUCUUGUGUUUCUUUGUUGGGUGUACAGUAGACGUUUGAGUGGUUCUAAUGCUACUGGAUAGCAGUACUAUAUGUAGUUUUCUCCUGAGGCAAAGACCCACAAAAUGAUACCCCUCACAAACAUCAAAGAUGUGGUUGGC